AUGUCCAUGCCUCCAGCUAUCCGGAAGAUAAUCGAUGAUCUGGACAAAAAACUUCACGAAGAGAACGUUGUCACCAAAGUAUUGGAGCAAAUUGAAGUUAAAACUGGUGUGAAGCGUCUUCACAUAUUGGCUGGGUUCAUAGCGCUUCAAGCAUUGUAUCUCAUUUUCGGUGGUUGCGCAGAAUUGCUGUGUAAUUUGAUUGGAUUCUUAUACCCGGCGUAUGUAUCAAUGCAACUCGUGACAGAUAAGAAUUCUGGUCUCAUACGACUAAAGGCGAUUGAAACGGCUGACAAAGAUGACGAUACACAAUGGCUUACUUAUUGGGUGAUUUUUGCACUGCUUAAUGUAAUUGAGUUCUUCUCACAAUCAUUCACUCAGUAUGUGCCAUUCUACUGGCUGUUCAAGUGCCUCUUCCUACUCUACUUGUAUUUGCCAACAACGCUGGGCGCUCAGAAAAUAUACCAUCGUUUUGUGCAGCCGUUCGUAUUGAAGCAUCAAUCAUCGAUUGAUAAACGAAUUGGACAGGUCACUGGCGUCGUCGCUGAUGCAGCUAAUGGUUCGUCAUUUUAUUUCACUGUCUGCGAAGAUUAUUUUUUACGGUUUCGAAAUCAGUGA